GGGCUAAGGAAGCGCAGACAGCCCCGCUUAAACAUUAUUGGUAGCCCGAGCGUGAGUGACAGAAGCAGUAUCGAGGCCUGCGUCCCUUUGGCGAGGCCUCGAGGUCGCCUGAGGGAGCCUCCGGCGAGCCCGCAGCCAUGAGCGGGUCCUUCUGCCGGCUGCCCGCAGCCCUGCGGCGGUGGCGCGACGUGCGGCCCACGACACUCUUGGCUCGGCCGCUGAGCCAGGCCGGCCCCGGAGGCGGCGGAGCGGAGGGCGGUGAGGGCGUCGCUGCGGCCGCCGGGUCGAAGGAGGCGGUGGGGCGCCUGGUGCGCGCUCACCCGGUGGUGGUGUUUAUGAAGGGCAGCCCCGCGCAGCCCCAGUGCGGCUUCAGCAACGCUGUGGUGCAGAUCCUGCGCCUGCACGGCGUCAGCGACUACCGCGCCUACGACGUCCUGCAGGACCCCGGCCUGCGCCAAGGAAUCAAAAACUAUUCAAACUGGCCUACUAUUCCCCAGGUCUUCCUGAAUGGUGAAUUUGUAGGGGGCUGUGAUAUACUUCUUCAGAUGCAUCAAAGCGGCGACCUAGUGGAGGAGCUUAAGAAAUUAGGAAUUCGCUCUGCACUUCUGGAUUCGGAGAACAACCAUGAAAAAAAAUAAGCAAGUGACUGCUUUGACUUUGACAAAGACAACUUUUUACAAUUUGGUACCAGAAAAGCCUUAUGCGAUUUAGCUCACAAAGGCAACUUUUUGAACUAACAAUGAGGUUUAUAUCAUUAAGCAUUAUGUUACCCAUGUUACAGUACAAUAGACUUGAUAUGUGGCUAUUCUGUCUUGAAUUUUUUUAAGCAUAGCUCUGUAAAUCAAAUGUUUUACAAUCAAAGUAAAUAAGUAGUUCACUUCUAUUUUUAAUGAUUUUGUGUGCAUUUUGCUGGAGUCACCAAAAAGUGGAACUUCUUUUUCUAAGGUGCUUCCAUACUAGCUGUUUAUACUCCAGAAUUGUUACUCUUAUUUACUCACUUUACAGUAUCAUUAAGUUUUUGCUGUGCUUUCACUGUGGUUAUUUCAUAUUUCCCCUUGCUGCAUGAAGUCUGACUUUAAAAGAAGAAAGAGCAAUGCUAGUUCCACAGGUGCAGAUGGCCUAGCACUUCUCUUCCAUUUUGAGAUGUGUAGUGGCUAUUUUUAAAUUGGUGCUAAUGCACUGUGAUGAAAUUGCAUGGAUUGAAAAUAAACAAUAAGGAAAGGAAAAGACAAGCAUUUAAGGAUGGUGGGCGGGAAUAAGUAACUAUUUCCUGAAGCACCUGAUGAGCGAGAAUGAAACAAUUUGAAGAAGUAAUCAAAUAAAUUUAAAGUGGCUGCUUUGGAAUUUACAUCAGGCAUAGGUUGAAUUAGGCAAGUUCAAGGUCAUUUGUUACCUGCCUACUGUUCUUUCACCAGCAGAAACUUACAAAGAUUUCUCCCAACACAUAUGCCCCCGAAUCCCAACAAUGCUAACAAUAGGAAUAAACUCCAUUUAAACUCAGUGGGAUUUACUUCUAAGCAAAUAUUUGAAAGGUCAUUGCUGCUACUGUUUGUUUCUUCUCCCAUUGCUAGGGUUGUUGAACAAAAAUAACAAAAAGCAGGGUUGUUUUUAAAAGUUCCUUAAAGGGCAUCUAAGUAAUCAGACAGUUGCUCUUUAAAAAACACUAUAAUGCAAUGAAACUGCUUUUAAAAAUUCCACUGAGGAAUUAUUAAUGAACAGUUUCCUGGAUGUGAAUUGUACUCUUCUGCACUGGUGCAGCUAUGUAACAUCCAAGAGUGUGAACAUAGCUUAGUGGAGCGUAUAUGUGGAAAAGGCACAAUAAUCCCUGCAGUGUGGGAAAUCUCUUGCAAGUCUGCUCAUAACUAACACUAUGUGAAGCAGUGAUUGGGUAGGUCUAGGAGCUGUGCAUCUGGAAGCAUCCUUGGAUCAUCUUCCUAUCUUGCAAAUUGUGUUCGAGGCACAGUGUGAGUUUCCUUUGCUUCUCAGUGAAAAAUGAAGGAAGUUGAUGCCUUCAUUUUAUUUGUGUAGGGUUUAGGAACCUAAUCAGCCUAUAUUUAGGGACACAUAUUAAGAGUAAAUACUUUAAAAUGUUAUUUCUUAGCUUGAAAACAAAUACCACAGUAGUCAUGAUUACUGUUUCCAAAGUCAAUAAGUGGGUUUGGGGGGAAAGCCAGAAGUUUGGGUUAAAAGCCAAGAAGUAACUUCUACCUCUGCCCAAAAGACUGUCUCAAUUAAUAGAAAGUCUAUAAUCAGUGCUUUAAUAUAUUUAAACUUAAUUUUGUGGCUCCAAAUGGAAAAUGUGCAGUUUUGGUAUCAGACAUAGUUUAUUGCCAGUGUCCAUUUUUCUAUAAGUGCACAAACCCCUUGGAACCAAUAAUUGUUAUGCAUGGACAUGUGUUUUCAAAACCUGCAGUGAUUUGUGCUUCACUGAAAUAUAUUUUCUAUCCAGUUGAAUGAGGAAAUAAAUCUGUUUCAUGUUAGACUGAAAAAUGUAGACAGCAUAAUAUUUGUUGGAAUGUUUUUUUAAAAAACUCCAUAUAUCAAGCUCCCUUAAUGUUUCUGUUUCUAGGCACAAAAAUAUAUUCAUUAAAAGCUUAUACAUUGUUUUGUGCAGCUACAGUAGUAGUAAAAUAAGUAAAAGAAAGUUAAAAAAACUUUUUUAAAUAGGUGAGCAGUUUAUACCACUGGAUACAAGUAAAUAAUCUGAGAGAUUUGUCUAUUAUUGGUCUGUGAUUAUUUCAAGUUUCCUUUUGAGGUAAAUGGCCUAGAACAUGAAUUUUAAAAUCCUGUCUCUUCA